GACAGUGGUUCAUCAACGUGCAAGUUCCUCGUUUUCUGUGUGCUAUUUUUCUAAUCAGCCCUUUUCGAGGUCAUUUGCUCAAGUGAAGAAAAAAUCAGUUCGAAAGUUACUCAAACACGUAAAGGUUAGACCGAAUCGUUAGCAACUUUUGUGGUGCUUCGUUUUGAAAGUCGAUUCCUUGUGGGGAAGUGUGGUCUUUGAUCGUUCGCAAAAGUACUGCGUACGUGCGUGCGUGCGUGUUGUGUCGUGUGUGCCCGUUACCACACACAGGAAAGGAGAAAACCGACGUGUGCGUCGCGUGUGAAGUGUGUGCUAGCGUGCCUAUUUGGAAAACAGAUUAUCGGUGCUACUAGAGAAGCAGAAGAAGCAGGGAGGGUGACAACCAAAAUGCACACAUUUAGUGAGACGGGUACGGGUGUACCAGCGUUUCUGGCAAAACUGUGGCGCCUGGUCGAAGACGCCGAAACGAAUGAUUUGAUAUCGUGGAGCACGGAUGGCCGGAGCUUUAUCAUCCAGAAUCAGGCGCAGUUCGCCAAGGAACUGCUGCCGCUCAAUUACAAACACAACAACAUGGCCAGCUUCAUCAGGCAGCUGAAUAUGUAUGGUUUCCACAAAAUUACCUCCAUCGACAAUGGUGGCCUGCGGUUCGACCGGGACGAGAUGGAGUUCACGCAUCCGUGCUUCCAGAAGGACCAUCCGUACCUCCUGGAGCACAUCAAGCGCAAGAUCGCCACCUCCAAGCAGCAGCAGCUGCAGGCACAGCAGGCCGCGGACGACAAGAGCGCGCUGAAGCUGGAGGCGGUCAGCCGGGUGCUGAGCGAGGUGAAGAACAUGCGCGGUCGGCAGGAUUCGCUCGACUCGCGCUUCCAGGCGAUGAAGCAGGAAAAUGAGGCGCUCUGGCGCGAGGUGGCGAUCCUACGCCAAAAGCACCACAAACAGCAACAGAUCGUGAAUAAGCUCAUCCAAUUCCUGGUCACAAUUGUGCAGCCCUCCCGCGGGGGCCUCGGUUCGAUGGGCAAUGGCAACAACAAGCGCCGAUUCCAGCUAAUGAUCAACGAUGCGCCACAGCAAGCAAAGCUCAAGAAAUCGGACUACAGCGAUGGCGGUGCUACGAUUGAGGAGCUAGGCGAAGCUUUGGAGGAGGUCGCAUACGCAAACCAGCAGGAACUGCUGUCAAAACAAGACAAGAGUGAUAAGAAAGAAAUACCGGUCGUAACCGCGCAGAUCGUGCUAACUCCUCCGUCCACCUCAACAUCCGCCACUUCUUCUUCUUCUUCUGGCACCGUUGUCGGCAAGGGUUCGAAGGCUACUAGUAGUAACACUGCGACGCUGGGUGGUGGUAGAACGAUCGUUAAGAUACUCGACCGUGGUACUAGCAUUAUUAAGAAGCAGAAGGUGCCGCCAGGCGGCAAAUCCAACAGGAACUCGGAAAUACCGGAGGUUAGCUCGCCGAUGUCGUUCACGGAGCGGUCACCCUACCAUCGUACGGCCACGCCGGCCAUGUCCACCGGCGGUAGCAGCAUCAGGAGCAGUGAGGCGGGCGACGGUGGUGGUGGAACGAGUGAUGAAACGUUCGAGGAAAUGUUUUCUACCUCCCCGAUGAGCCAGUUCCGUGCGGUGGGAGGUGGUGGAUCUUCCAAGUCGUCCGGCGCUCGCGUGAAGGUCGAGAAGUUAGGCCAGGGACAGGGACAGCAGCAGCAUCAAUACGUUAUGCGGUCGCUAAAUACAGCCAGAGGCAACAACAGUGCGCCCACCAAUCUGGCCCAGCUGAUCGAGAACGCGGUCGACGAGGACGAACUCGAGAGCUACGGAGACAUCGUGGAGCAGGAACUGGAUGAACAACAGGAUGAGUCUAACGCGGACGAUGAAGAGGAUGAUCCUGAUGCGGUGCAGCACGGCUAUCUGGUGGAUCACGUUGACGAGAUCGAUCCGACGAUCGUGCAGCUAUACCAGGACGGCGAUAACGACAUGAUGCUCAACACGCCGAUGGUGAUUCGGGAGAUGCAAAAGCAGCAGCAGCAGAAGCAGCAGACGAAGGAGCGCCAACAGCGUCUUCAACAGCAGCCCGGUGGAAAGAGAGGCGACAGCUUGCUGAAGACGAUGGGUGGUGGAGGAACACUCAGUGGUAAUAAGCGCAAUGGCGGAGGAGGAACUGGUGGUUCCCAGCGCAAUCAGAAGAGUCUACUGAAUACGCCAGUGAAGACGGAAGUCGGUGGCCUUAAACCGAUGAUAGUCACGAGGGGUGGCAAAAAGCUGGCGUUGGCUAAUGCUGCCAAGAAGCAAGCUAAUGCUGCUACCGGCGGUGAAGACGACGCUUCGCCAGGCCCAUCUGGGUACCAAUCGGGUGGCAGUACCCAUAGCCCCUCGCCGCCGGCCUCGAUCUCUCCCGCAUCUGGCCCGACGUUCAUCACUGAUGGACCCAACAGUGGAACCAGCAGCUACGUCACGGCGAGUGACAUCCUUCCCGGAGACAUUUUCGAAAUUACCAACGACCAGAACACCCUGGAGGGAGAGUCUGGUGGAGACGGCGGUAACGGGGUGAUGGUAAAGGACACCAACCCAUCACCGAUGCUCAAUGGAUACAGCUUCAUCGACGGCGGCUUCUACAACCCGAACGUUAACAUCAACAAUAUCAAAGCUAGCCGACAGCAGCAGCAACAACAGCAACAAGCACAACAGAACCAAUCUGGCCAGCAGCCAGAACAGCAGGCACAGCAAUCAACGGUGGCGACGACAACGACGCCAGUGGAUCGCGCCGACGAAUACGACGAGAACUCGCUCGACACCAGCAUGCUGCAAACACCGCGAGCGGCUUCCGGCGAAAACAACGAACAGCAGAUAUCAAAGUUUGUUAGCAAUGAUUCUGACGUGUCCCGGUUGAACACGGUGGCCGAAUACGGGCAGCACAUUGAUACGGUUCAGACGGAUCUGGAGUCCCUGAAGGAGCUACUGAAAGGCGAAGGCUACCAGCUCGACGCGAACGCUUUACUCGGGAAUGCUUGCUCGGCGGUUCCAACGUACGGUCGGGUGUACUUCCCGUCGGGCCCGUUCGAUCCAGAUACCAUCAAUAAGGUUAGGACCGAUCUUUUCCACAACAACGAGGACAUGCUUGGGUACGAUUUCCCCAUGAACCUUCCGGAUCUAAUGUCGGACGACCAGCAGCUGCAGCAACAGCAACAAAGCUUACAGCAUCUGACACAAAGCUCCCUGCAGCAGCAGCAGCAGCAACAGCAGACUCAACAACAGCUACAACAUCUCGGCGGAGGAAGUAGCGGUGGCAGCGACAAAUCGGCCUCGUCCAGCAGCCCGACACCCGGUGGUGGACAAAUGUCUCCCGUAUCCCCGGUGCCAUCAGCACACACCCAGCUGAUGGCCUUCAAACUCGGUGGCCACAACGGCGGCGGGGCCGGUAACGUCGGUGGAGCUGGCAUGAACAAUGGUUUCUUCGGUCCCGGCAUUCACGAUGGCGCUGGUGGCAUUGCGGGCAAUGGAAACAUGGCCGGCUUGCUCGGCGGCGGUACGAUGAUGGGUCCGAGUGGAUCGCUCGGUAUCGUGUCCGGCGACUACAUCGAUCUCAACGAGCUGCUAAGCAUGGACGGAAAUGGUGGCCACGACGAGGACAACGCAUCUAUGAUGGCCUAAAGAUGGAAAAUGUACCCAACAUUUUGUGGCAGUCCCAUAUUUUUUGGCGUCGCAAUUCGGUUUGACUUCAAAAUCUCAAAUCUUUCGCAAACGAUCCCGUGCAUCACUAUUUUGAACCGCAUAUGCUGUUGAUCGUUGAUGUUUUUUUCCGCACUCUACUCAAUGCCACACAAACGGCCAGCCAGCAAUCCUGUAUGCCAUCGCCGGAAACAUCAUUUGAUCAAGCGUGUUUCCGUCAUUGCUCCCGACCGACCGCCCGCCUGCCUGCCCACCCAUUCAACAUUCGCGAGGAAGACCACAACCGAAAUAAACAACGUUUUGCUCCAGUGAAAAGGCAACCAGAAAUAACCAUAUAUAGUGGUGCUGCAAAAGGAACCUGGUGGUGUUUUAAGAGUAACUGAUAUUAACCGAUGCUUUCGUUCGGCAAGCUUCCUGGAGAAGGCCAUCGGACAACAAUUGUACGAAAUUCCGGGACGGAAAAAGGAUUACUUCACGCGAGAGUAGAGGAACGCUACAGAAGAUUGAUUGAGUGAUAAACAAAGAUUAUUGAAGAUUGAAGGAGAAUUUCUACAUAAAUAACCACAUUUAGUUACGAGUGAAAAUUAUCCUAGUUUUUUUUUUCUCGAGUGGAAAUUAGUAAUUGAUUGUUUGUUAAUGUGUGUUUUACUAUUUCUAAUUAAGCGAUGCUACUAAAUCCAUUCCCACGAAGCCUUUCGAUCGUCCGUUGAAGGACGAUUCUUCUGCGCAGUUUCUAAAACACAAGGAUUCAGUUAGGCACGACGAUUGCGCGUUUGUCCCCUUUUGCUAACCCCUUCAAACGUGGGUUCGUGUCGUUUUAGUUUGUUUCAGUAAUCGAAGAUUUUCGUUAAAAGAUAAGUCACUCGUUUUGAAAAGAAUUGAUGAAAAUACGGUGUAUCUUUACAAAGAAAAAGGGGAAAACAUAACUACAUGUUCUUCGUAUUUGGUGUGUAAACUUGUAUCCACAUUGUGUGGUUUUUUAACGGACCACACUUCUGUGUUCUCUCUUGGAAGGACACACUCUCUCCCACCAGAGAUCGCAGAAGUAAGCAAUGAUGUUGUUGUAGUUGGUGUUGUUUUCUCGUUUUUUCUUCUAAGCACGAAAAGGGAAAACACUCCCAACGCCUAUCAACAAUGGCGUAAAGCCUUGCUCAAAACGGUUGAAUCCUGGUUUGAUUGGAGUUCCGGACUCUCGUUUCGAUGCAGAGGGUGAGGAACGUCUCCCCCAAGCCCAGGCCAUAUGUUUGAAGUUGGCUGACUAGUUGGAAAACAGGAGUUUACAAAUGGAUUGAUGGUAAAACGAUAAGAAAACAAGAAUUAGAUUGAUAGAUAAGUGAAAACAAAAUGAAACAAAAGGGUGAAAUAAUCUACGUUUUUUAUCUUACAAAGAUUAAUUCAGGCUAGCAUUAGGCAAUGCGCAAGCAUAGGCACUUUUAUGUAAGAACACGCAAACAAAAACAUGGUGAAGGAUUUUGCUCUCAUAUCUACAUUAAAACAAAAAAAACCAUACAAAAAUUGCAUUAGAAAGUAAUCA